GGAAACUGAGGCGUGGGGGGUGGGAGGGAGGCACAGGGGCCACGGCGGCCCUCCUUCAUUUCCGGAGAAGUCCGGCCUGCUGCUGCCCACCCACUUUCUCUUCUCGGCUGAGGAAGGGUCCCACCGCCCCUUCCCUCUGCUUCCCGCCAAGCCACAGAGAGCGUCCUCCGGGCAGCCUGGAGCGGCCCGGAAGUGCGCUGCUUCCCCGCCCCCUAACGGGUCCGAACCACCGAGAGGAAGGUUUCUCCGUGUCCUAGAGCGACCCCGAGAAAAUACUCGCUGCUCGGGCUUCUAGCCGGCUCACGUGACCUACACUCCCUGCCCUGAACCACCGAGAUGAAGAGGCCUCCGGGCUACCUAGAGCGGCCCCGGAAGCGCGCUUGACGGGGGGAGGGGGGCCGUGGGAGGGGAGGGGGGAGUAGCGGUUCAGACCCACGGGCGAACGGGACAUUUCCUAUCUGUACCUCUUGGUGGGGGCACGUGGCUCGUGGGCGCGCGUCCCGAGUGGACCCAGCGACGGCCGUGAGUUCAAGCCCGGCGCGGACUCGUGGGCGAUAACGCCCAUCCCCCACGGCUGUCAGAAGGAGCUGUCAGGUGGCGCCUCCUCCCCCCCGGGGGCCUCUGGGGCUCUUCGCGCUUGAGGGGGAUCUGUGGGAGGAGGGGCAGCAGGGGGACCGCUUCCCGUGGGCGUCUUCCUCCUUCUCGGUGAAUGCUCCGCCCUCUUCGUGCGUGGGUCCCCGGUGAGGAGACCCUGGGCGUGUGGGGUGGGGGGGUCAGCGGCGCUUCCUCCCGUGGGUCUCCUGUCCCUGCGUGGGAGCCCUUCCCCUCGUGUCCGUGUCUCUCCCCAGAGCUGGGGUCCCGCAUCAGGAGGAGGAGCGUCGGGAUGGCGGCCACGGGGGCCUCCCGACCCCCACAGGUGAGACCCCUGCCCCCCGGAGGUCAUCGCGGGGAAGGGGGAAAGAAGAGCCCCCGGGGCAGCUCUGUCUGGGGCCCCACCCCGAAGAUGCUGACCCUGAUGGAGCAGCCUGCCCCAAGGACCCUUUUCUUCCCUGCUGUGAAGGUGGAGCCAGAAGGGGUGAGCCAGGAUCUGCUGCCCAGGGGAGAGAAAGAUGGUGAAGACAAAACGGGGAAUGGAGCAGCAGCAGUGAAGCAUGAAACAGUAGACAGCAGUGAUCAGAUUUUUCAAGUAGAAGAAAAAACAGACAUGUUUAAUGAAUAUGGAAACUCUUUUAGCCCAAAUGAAGAGACAACUUUGAAGCAGAGAAUCCUUGAUCAUAACAGUCCACUUUUCCUCCACACAGAAGAAAAGGCAAGCCUUUUUAAUAAAUAUGAAAACUUUUUCAGCAGCCAGAAUUCAGACUUAGUUGGAUUUAAUGUAUUUCCAACUAAUGAGGUACCAUACAACUGUCAGAAGCAUGGAGAACACUUUGUUACCAUGUCUCACCUCACUCAAUACCAGAACAUUCACAGUGGACCAGGACGCUUUGUCUGUUAUGAGUGUGGGAAAAGAUUUACCCGAAGCUAUCAUCUCAUCAGACAUCAGGUUAUUCAUACUGGAGAAAGACCCUUUUCAUGUAAUGAGUGUGGGAAGACUUUCAAGAGAAAAUCAACUCUCACAGAGCACCAGAGAAUUCACACUGGUGAGAAACUUUAUAGAUGUAAUAAAUGUGGGAGAUCCUUCAGUCAAAGCAAAGACCUCUUGGAGCAUCAGAAAAUGCACACUGUUGAAAAACCUUACAAAUGUGAUGAUUGUGAGAAGGCUUUUAGUACUAGUUCAAGCCUCCUUCAGCAUCAGCUCAUCCACACCGGAGAAAAACCCUACAAAUGUGGUGAAUGUGAGAAAGCCUUCAGAAAUAGCUCAAGCCUCCUUCGGCAUCAGUUCAUCCACACAGGAGAAGAGCUCUACAAAUGUGAUGAAUGUGGAAAGACUUUGAGUAAUCGUUCAAGUCUUUUUCAGCAUCUAAAAAUUCAUUCCGGAGAGAAACCCUAUCAUUGUAAUGAAUGUGGGAAAGGUUUUAUUCGUAACUCAUAUCUCAUUGAACAUAAGAGGAUUCAUACAGGGGAGAAGCCCUAUGCAUGUAAGGAGUGUGGAAAGACCUUCCGACGUUCUUGGUACCUCACAGAACAUCAGAGAAGCCAUGCCCCAGAGCGAGCAUAUAGAUGCACUGAGUGUGGGAAAGCCUUCAGAGAUAGCUCAUGUCACUUCCAUCAUCAAAAACUCCAUACAGGAGAAAAACCCUUUGGUUGCAGUGAGUGUGGUAUGGCUUUUGGGCGCAAGUCACGGCUUCUGGACCAUCAGAGAAUCCACACUGGAGAAAAACCCUAUGAAUGUGAAAAAUGUAUGAAGAGUUUUAGCCAUCGCUCACAACUUCUUGAACAUAUGAGAACUCAUACUGGAGAGAAGCCUUAUGAGUGCAAUAAAUGUGGGAAAUCAUUUACUAGGAAUUCUGGUUUUAUACGUCAUCAGAAAAUUCAUACUGGGGAAAGGCCCUAUGAAUGUAAUCAAUGUGGCAAAUGUUUUAGCAAUAGUUCGUUUCUUAUUGAGCAUGAAAGAAUUCAUACUACAGAGAAACCUUACAAGUGUGAUGAAUGCGGGAAAGCCUUCUGUAAAAAAUCAUACCUCACUGGACAUCAGAUCACUCACACCAAAGAGAAACCUUUUGAAUGUAAUGAAUGUGGGAAAUCCUACAAUCGGCGUUUCCGUCUUAUUGAGCACCAGAGAAUUCACACUGGAGAGAAACCCUAUGAAUGUGCUGAAUGUGGACGAUCAUUUAGUCGAAGUGCACUUCUUAUUGGACAUCAGAUAAUUCACACCAAAGAGAAGCCCUAUGUAUGUAAUCAAUGUGGAAAAGCUUUUAGUCUGAGAAAACAUCUUGUUCAACAUCAGAGUAUCCAUAAUGAUGAGAAACCACAUAAAUGCAAUGAAUGUGGCAAAGCCUUUAGGCACAAAUCGACAUUUCGUGACCAUCAGAAAGUUCACACCGGUGAUAAACCCUGUAAAUGUAACGAAUGUGGGAAGUCCUUUAAUCGGACCUUUCAUCUUAUUGAACACCAACGGACUCACACUAAGGAGAAACCCUAUGAAUGUAAUGAGUGUGGGAAGUGUUUCAGCCGAAGCUCAGUCUUUACCCAGCACCAGAAAAUUCAUAGUGAAGAUCAUAAACCCUUUGAAUGUAGCGAGUGUGGGAAAUCUUUCACUCGAAAUUCAGUCUUUAUUAAACACCAGAAAAUUCACACAAAAGAGAAUAAACCCAACGAAUGUGGGCAAUCCUUCAGUCAAAACUCAGUCUGUAUUCAACAGCAGGAAAUGCAUGCUAAAGAGAAUCUAGAUUAAUGAAGAGGUUUUUGUUCACAGCUAUUUCAGUAUUGCAUAUUACACUUGGGAAGAGGUGGUAAUGGUGAGGAAAACUUUUGUUAGACCUCAAGCUUUAUUUGGUACCAGUGGGUUUACUAGGACACAAACUAGGGGUUCUGAUGGAUGGAAAUUUAAAUUAUAAUUAAACUUAUCAAAGACUAUCUUUUAAAGAGUCAUCUGUCUUUAGCGAUCACUUCUUUAGAAUCAAAAAUACAGGGAAUUUCCAUAGGAUCGAUUGCAGCUUUGACAGUGUGAGGAAGUAUACUGAAAAUGUCAAUGAGCUCUGUGACCAAGCCAUCCCUUUUGAGGAAUUCAUCCCAUUAUCUGUAUGCCAAGUGAGCUACUAUUCAGUAAUAUAAAUGAUGUUAACCUAGAGUAGUAGAAUAAAAACAAUCACAAAAUGAAGGCAAGUCAAAUCAUUCUGAUCAAGCCUUAUUUUAAUGGGUGCAAUAGUACAGAUAUAUAUAGCAGU